AUGGAGUAUAAAGACAUUGGCGAGUAUGUUAACAAGUUGAGGUCAAAGUGGGAAACUAAUGGUUGCACAAUCAUGUGUGACGGAUGGACUGGCCUGACCAGAUUGUCUAUCAUAAACUUCAUGGUAUACUCUAAGGGAAAGACAAUUUUUUUGAAGUCCGUUGAUGCUUCAGACCAUAUAAAGAACUACAAGUAUAUUUACAAAUUAUUAAGGGAUGUAAUCAUGGAGGUGGGAGAGCAUAAUGUUGUCCAAGUCAUGACCGACAACGAUUCUGCAUUUGUCAAAGCUGGAAAAAAGUUAAUGAAGCAUCAUAAUGUGUUUUGGACAUCAUGUGCAGCACAUUGUAUUUAUCUCAUGUUUGAGGCAAUGGGAAAGAGAGAGAAUAUUGCUAAUGUCGUAAAAAGAGCUAGAACGAUCACAAAUUAUAUUUACAAUCACAAUUGGUUGUUGGCAAAGAUGCGUGAAUUUUGCAAAGGAGAAAUUAUUCGUCCAACUACCACUCGAUUCGCCACCAACUAUAUUGCAUUAGAUAGCCUACUUAAGAAGAAAGCAGGGUUGAAGCAACUAUUCACUAGUGACGAUUGGGCCAACCACGAUUUCAACCGCUCAAAUGCAGAACAUGUGUGCCAAGUGUUUGAACCUCUUUACAAAGUUUUACGGAUCAUUGACACAGAAGUGCAUCCUACUAUGAGGGCAAUAUAUGAGUUUAUGCGUGUAGUGAAGGAGGACUUGGAAAGAAAACAUGGUGCAAGACCCAGUGUUGGAAAUCAUGGUACCCUUAUACGUGUUGUACAUAAUGUAUACUCUAAAUUAGACCCUGCAUCACCAGCAGUUGGCCAAUAUGGAAAUGAGCUAACAUGGUUUAAAGAUGCAAGAAGAACUUUUGGAGAACCAACAUCAGUUGCUGCUCGAACAAAAAUGUCUCCUAUUGAAUGGUGGAUCAUGUAUGGGACUGAUGCACCAACUGUGAGAAAGUUAGCAAUCAAAGUAUUAUCACAAACAACUUCCUCAUCUGCUUGUGAAAGAAAUUGGAGUACAUUUGCACUCAUACACACAAAGCAAAGAAAUAGUUUGGCUCAUAGUAGGUUGGAAAAAUUAGUUUAUUGCUACUACAACAUGAAGCUUCAAAUUCGAGAAAAGGAAGAAGAAAUAGAUCAUGUCAACCGUGGUGACCCACGAGAUGUGUUUGAUAUUGUUGCUGAAGAUGAUGAUGCAGAGGGUAACCAACUUUAUCAAUGGAUUAGACCUCUUCAUUUAGAUUAUGAUGAAGGCAACCCAGCUCUAAGAGUUGUUGAAGAAGCACGUAAUGAAGGGAUAAAUGUAGAAAGAGUAUUAAAGGAGGAGGUGGGAUCUAGUAGCGCUAACUCUUUGGAAGAACUUUUGCGCCCAAGACCAAGAAACACUAGAAUUCCACCUUCUUCCAAUCCUACACAACCACAAGAUCCUGCUGAUACUAAUGAUAGCUCUAGUACAAGAUCAGGAGACUCACCUACCACCGGAGGUGGGAAUGAUGAAUGA